AUGAAUCUUGCAAAUUUCUCUUACUUUUCGGGCAUGUGUAACAUGACUGCUGAGUCCCAGCAGUCAUCAGCCGAUGCGGCCAGCCCGCUGGUCAUGUUGCCUAACGUGAGUCUGGACUCCCCGAUACCGCCACCAACACUGAAGCUGCCGGCCCGGACGAAGGACGGGGUUCUGAUCAAGUCUGAGCCCCGGGGACCUAGUCCAAACACGGACCGAGAGGAGGGAGCUGCUCUGGGUCAAACCGAGGAGCUCAUGCCCACGGGGAGUCGACGGAGGAAGAGGCCCGUUCAGAGAGGGAAACCACCCUACAGUUACAUCGCUCUCAUAGCCAUGGCCAUCGCCAACUCCCCCGAGAGAAAACUCACACUUGGUGGUAUUUAUAAAUUCAUCAUGGAACGUUUUCCCUUUUAUCGAGAGAACUCAAAGAAGUGGCAAAACUCCAUCCGCCACAACCUCACCCUCAACGACUGCUUUGUCAAGAUUCCCCGGGAACCUGGAAGGCCUGGUAAGGGAAACUAUUGGACUUUGGACCCCGCCGCUGAAGACAUGUUCGACAACGGGAGUUUUCUGCGAAGGAGGAAAAGAUUCAAGCGCACUGACGUAAGCACGUAUCCUGGUUAUUUGCAGAGCUCUAGUGCGUUCACCUCGACCUCCAUGGGCAGACCGGCAUACCCCAACACCCUGUACCCAGGAAUAGGAUCGGGUUACGGAUCACAGCUGGCAGCUUCCCCCCACCCGGGGAUGCUGCAUCAUUAUCAGACCUCUGCCGGGGUCAGUCAAGGGCAGCCAAGAAUGUUCAGCAUCGACAACAUCAUCAGCCAGGAGUCGGUGAUGCAGGGAGGAGAGCUCAACCCCCUGGGGUUAGGCGGUGGAGACCUGGGCACCAUGUCAGCUAGCUGCUCCCUCACUGGUACUGACCCCUCCAAUUGCUUCCAGAUGCAGACUGUCAAUCCCUCGGGGAAUUCACUGGGCAGAGGCGGUGGAGGACUGUCAUCAAACCUGGCACCCGGUUAUCCAUACUCUUCCUCAGCAUCUCCUCCCCACCUGCCUUCCAUGACGCAGUCCAGUUUCUCUCCAGGUACUUCUCAGGUGUACUGCACCGGGAACCGGAUGUCUUUACCAACCGUGCGCUCCGGGUCUUGCGCCGAACACACUGAGCAACUAUUGGGUCUCUCCAGCCCAAUGAACUCUUACAACAACUCUUACAUGAGGCAAGCCAACUUUGCGUCAGGACUAGAUCGGUAUAUGUGAGAAACUGAUUUUUAUAGAGACAAACAACAAGAGCCUCAAAAUACAUUCCAUUUAAAAUAGGUGUGACACAUCUUCUUUGUUUGAAAUGCCAAAAUACAUUCCAUUAUAGUUGUAUUCAUUUCUCAGUGCUUUUGGUUCGUUUACCUUACGUGUCUUAUAAAUUAAUAUGAAUGUGUUCUUAAGAUGUUGUGUAGCCUAUCUGCGUGUACUUUUUUGUCCGAGAACAAUUCCAAUCAUUGUCACCUGUCAGAGGGAAGACUUAUUAAACAAUAUCAUUAGCCACAUAUACUGUUAUGUUUUGUGAAAAGUAAAUAGUUUAUUUGUUUGUGAAUUAUGUUGAA